AUGUUAGCAUACCCCGCAUCAACGUCUGAACCCUCUAAACCACAUGUCACCUUUGCCCCCACUCCAAAGAAGGACAAAUCAGUCCCUGUGAAGCGUGCUCCUUUGAGGUCUUCGUCUUCAAUGGACUUCACGCUCAAGCAACCUAUCUACCAGCCGGUAUGUCAGCCAAGCUGGCGGGAAGAACUGGCCGUGCGAUUAGACACCUCUUCACUUGGCAGUAUCUGGAAACUCUUCGAUGCACUCCUCAACAUUACCCUUUGUGUGAUAUACGUGUUCAACACCAAUCUAUUGAAAACAACUAUCCCGCCAGGCCGAGUUUUGUUCGAAUUCAUCGUGGCCGUACUGUUGGUUAUACAGUAUGCCCCAAAAUUCUACAUAACAGAAUUUACUUCCUGGCGAUCUUUAUUCACUCGCUUGUCGCCAAUCCUUACCGUCCUGGCUGUAUUUCCUACUGUCGUACUCGCACGAGACUCUAACUUUGGGGAUACCCCGGAAUUAGUGUUCUUCUAUCCCUUUCGUUUCAUACGAUGCUAUUUGUCAGUGUGUGAUUGUCUCGUGAGGAGCGAAAAGUCGGUAUUGCAUUUAGGACAAGUUACUAGUAAAGUGGCAAUAUUCGGUACCUCUGUACUUUUUCUGGUGUUGACUGGUUCCUCUUUGUUACAUGGAGUAGAAUUUGUAUAUCAGGAACAACCAAUUACCUUUCUUGAUGCUGUUUUCUUUACCACCAUCAUGUUGGGCACCGUCGGUUAUCUAAGUGACAUAGUACCACAUGGUCCUUUGCCUCGGUUGAUGCUGCUCUGUAUUUUCGUGAUGGGUUUCAUAUUUAUUCCAUAUUCCAUCACCGAGAUCCUUAUCUUGGUGCGUUCAAAAUCACCCUAUGACAAAGCUUAUCGCAAGGUAUCGCUACAACCCCACGUUAUUAUUAUACCGCCGACAAUAGAACUUCCUUCUCUCAGACAUUUUCUGAAAGAAUUCUAUUCCCUUGCGCAUGGACCAGUUACAAUUAACACUAAGGUGGUCAUUCUGAAUCCAGCAGAUCCGACUGAACGCGUGCAAACCUUUUUGUCGGAUCCGGUGUACGCCCAUCGUGUUCAAUAUAUUCGUGGAAGCUCACUCGAGUCACGAAGUCUUGUGAAAACUCGAGCAAAGCAAGCGUCGGCUUAUUUCAUUCUUGCUAAGAAAUAUACUCAACAAAGUGAGGCUAUUGAUGCAGAGAACGUGUUAAAAGCAAUUGCAUUGAGGAAGUAUAAUGAAGGUCCAAAGCUGUACAUACAAUGCAUACUGCCUGAAAAUAAAAUUCAUUUUGAAAGUUUAAAUCCUGAACAGAUCAUAUGCACAGAUGAGCUUAAACUUGCUAUUCUUGCGCAUUCAUGUCUAACUCCUGGUUUCUCCACUAUCCUGUACGGUCUUACCACAUCGUUUGCUCACGAGACUGACGAUGAGGAGAGAGCCUCGAAAGAAAGUAGUGAUGUGGACUAUGACGUGAUGGAAGAUUAUCUUGAUGGCCUUUCGCAGUCUAUUUACACGACAACAAUGUCCGACCAUUUUUCAGGAACCGGUUUUCUCGCUGUUGCUGGUCGUCUGUACGAAGCCUUGGGCGUAGUCCUCUUUGCAAUUGGCAUUCCGAAAAAACGCUCACUCGGCAAAUAUGCAACGCAUUGGCUGUAUGAUGGAGAUGCAGAUGAUAACGACUUUAGAAACUAUACAGUUCUUAUUAAUCCUGGUGACUAUGUAGUAAAGGGCGAUGAAAUUGCAUUUGUUAUUGCCUCGAAUGCACCUGCAAUCGAGAGAAUUUCUACGUUCGAAGAACAGUAUCCACAAACACAAUCUCGGCCCUCAAUGAUAGGGCCCCCACCGUCAGAACGAGAGCCGUUGUUGUCUGCAGACACGUUGAAGAAUAACGGCGGUGGUGAUUAUUUCGGAAUAAGAAAAGUGAGAGACCAAAUUCCCCGCACUCCUUCACCUGAUCACAUGCACUAUCCUCAUAAACCAGAAUCGAUAAGUUCGAGACGACAGCGUGCGUUAUCUACUCCACUCGCGCUAUCAACUGAUCAUGGUGUUGAACAUCAUCACGGACAUCAGAAAUCACACUCGCAUCCUAAUGAUUAUGAGCUCGGACACUCGUUAACUCAUCCGUACGAUAAUGAUCAUUUGAUCACUGUUCUGGAGAAUAUUACUGAUCAUAUCAUAUUGUGUGAUUACUCGACUACUUUCCCAAGAAAUUUAGAUUGUUUCGUUAGCCCAUUAAGGAUGUCACAUUUGGAAAGGAUAAUACCAGUGGUUAUUCUGUCUCCAACAAGGCCGUCUACCAGUCAAUGGAAGAUAUUGAGUCAGUUUGAUCAAGUGUAUAUCGUUCAAGGAAACCCAAUGACAAGAGAGGGUUUGGAGUGCGCAAGAGUAAAAUAUGCUAGACAAGCAGUCGUUCUAAGUGAUUCCACAAGAAUCCUCAAAAAUGGAGAGAAGAUCGAAGAUGCACCGGCAAUGCUUGUAUUCUUAAACAUUAAAGCGAUGUGUCAAAAUGAUAUUGAUAUAUUUGUCGAGUUUGUGCACACUGAUAACAUGAAAUUUAUGUCUGAAGACUCGCAAGCCAUUGAGAAACACUUAAAGGCUCAUCAUUCGCCAGCAUUUAUGCAAGGGACUUGCUUCUCGCCUUCAAUGCUUGACAGUAUAAUCUGCCAAUCAUUUUAUCAACCUCAUUUAGUAGCGACAAUCAAUCAAAUUCUAUUUGGUGCACCUCCCCUUCAUUUGCCAUCGGGUGCUACAUGUCCCGCACCGGCGCACUCUCAUUUGUUCAAAAUCGCCAUUCCUCAACUCUAUGUAGGAUACGAGUAUGGAUCAUUGUUUAAAUAUAUGUUGGAGGAAAAGAAGGCCGUCCCGUUGGGGUUGUAUAGGCGUACUGUAGUGAAGAGUAAUUUAAAGAAUGGGAAGGAAUUACGAUAUGUGCAUACGUGUCCCAAGUAUAACGUCAUAUUGAGAGAAGAUGAUAUGAUAUUCGUGUUUAGCAAAAAGGCACCUGUUAUAAAUUGA